UUUUUUUUACUUUUUGAACGCGCCCCUGAGUCUGACAGCCACGAGGUUAACGAACCACAACAACACAGUCCUCGCGUGACUCGCAUCGGUCCACAGGUGAUUAUCGGGGAUUGGCUGUAAGCUGCUUUUAGUGACAGGUAAACAUUUUAGGAAACUGGGACAACGACAUGUCUUCCCCGGAACAGAAGAGGAGCUGACUGUGAGGGAACGACCAACAAGUAAAUGUAAACCUGUCAAACUGAGGCGGAGCAGACAUGGUGGAGGUUUUCACGGGGCGGACGCUCCUCAACAAGGACGGGGAUUUAAUUGACCCAGACGAGGCGUUAAAGAACAAAGUAGUGGGGAUCUACUUUUCUGCCGGUUGGUGUCCGCCAUGUCGAGACUUCACUCCCAUACUGUGUGACUUCUACACGGAGCUAGUGGAGGAGAGCGAACCUCCUGCUCAGUUUGAGAUUGUCUUUGUUUCAUCUGACAAAUCCAGCGACGAUAUGGUUGAAUAUUAUCAUGAUAUGCACGGAGACUGGCUGGCUCUGCCCUGGACGGAUGACUACAAACAUGAGUUGAAGCAUCGCUACAAGAUCACCGCGGUGCCCAAACUGGUGAUUGUGAAGGAGAAUGGCGACGUGAUCACAGACAAGGGCAGGAAGCAGAUCCGAGACCGAGGCCUGUCUUGCUUCAGGACCUGGUUGGACGCUUCCGAAAUCUUUCAGAACUUUAAGGGUUAGAAAAACGAGAGGAACACGGUCCCUCCUUUUUUACACACACACACACGGGCUUCCGUAAAGUAACCUGCAGCGAGAGCUAAGCUAAACCAAAGUCAAGUCUUUUUAUUCUCAUGUUUCACAUCAGUCCAGUGGAUCACGUCCACGUGGUCACACGAUAUCAUAUUAUAUUUGUGUUCCACAGAUUUUAGUUUUUGUCUUGAAAUCAAACAUUCUAUGCAUUUAAGACAAAUCUCAGGCUUGUUUAAUGUGGUUUAUACGUGAAAAAUGCUUAAUGAUCAAUAAUAGAAGUUAGACAGUCGUACAUAAGUUAAUGUUCUUUACAAACUUAUACAUUAAUUAAGCAUGAAACUGAAUCUUGCUUUUAGUAAAUAUCUUGCCUUUGCAUAUUCCCAAAAGUUUGACUUGUAGUACGCCUUUGAGCUGCCUUUUACGUUGAUACAUUUUCUGAGCUGCUAAAAACUGUCAAAUAUAUAUACAUAUAUAUAUAUAUAUAGAUAUAUAUACAUAUAUAUGUGUAAGAUUUUCUACACAGAUAUAUUCUUAUUUAUCUGUCAUGAUGUCAUGAAAGCUCAGUGUACGUCCCACCCAUGGUUUGUAAGCACAAUAAUUCCCCCUUUGCCUUGUUAGGAUGCAGAAAGCCCACAGGACAAUGUUUCCAACAUGCUGGCACAUUCACAUCAUUGGCCCCUAAUUGGCUUUGUCCCUUGUGUGUGCUGGCACUGCUGUUAUUACUUUGCACAUUAAAAACAUCCAACAUUG